AGCAUCAUUCCAAGUAUACUGUGCAGCAGUAUGUAUUCGCGAGCAUUCUAUUUUACGUGUCGGGCUUUGGGAAAUCGAACAUUUGCACGUGAUUGAAUGAAUUUAUAUUUGAGUCCUAUUCGAUAAUAUAUUCAGUAAAGUAUUUUGACGUCACGGUUAUUAAAACUUUCUACCAAACGUAUCGCAUACGCAAUUGCAUGAUCACCGGUGUAGGAAAAAAUCAGAAACUUGCUCGUUUCAGUUGUUAAAUUUUAUAGUUUUGAUAAUGUGUCACAUUAGAUAUUUUCACCAGCCCAUAGUAUCUUUCACGAGGAAUUUAUUAAUUAAAAAUGGAUGUAGGAGUAUUCAUCAUUCGUGUAAGGUGCUGGUAGUCGGAGGUGGAACUGGAGGUUGCAGUAUGGCUGCAAAAUUUGCUAACAAAUUCAAGGAUCCAAAUAAAGUUAUCAUAGUGGAACCAAAUGAGAUCCACUAUUAUCAACCAUUAUUUACUUUAAUCGGUGGUGGUAUAAGAUCAUUUGAAGAUUCAAAAAGACCAAUGAAGGAUGUUCUACCACAACAAGCAAAAUGGCUUCAAGAAAGUGUAAUGAGCUUUGAACCAGAACAGAACCAAAUAACCAUGAGUAAUGGGGAUACUGUACAAUACGACGUGUUGAUCAUUGCAAUGGGAUUACAAUUGCAUUGGGAAAAAGUGCCAGGUUUAAAGGAAGGACUUCGAGAUCAUACAUCUCAAGUUUGUUCUAUAUAUGGACCUGAAACUGUUGUAAAUGUCUUUUCUAAAAUUUCGAGAACUAACGAUGGCACUGCUGUAUUUACUUUUCCAAGUGGCCCAGUGAAAUGUCCCGGGGCUCCACAAAAAAUACUAUAUCUCGCAGAAGAAUAUUUUCGUAAACACAAUGUGCGCGAUAAUAUAAAAGUUGUGUAUAACACAGCUUUGCCAGUAAUAUUUGGCGUAAAAAAAUAUGCUGAUGCACUCUGGGGUGUUUGUAAACGAAGAGACAUUACCGUUAAUCUUCAAACGAAUCUUGUAGAAAUAAAUGUCGCGGCGCGUGAAGCUGUAUUUCAGAAAUUAGAUAAAUCAAACGAGACGUUUGUACAAAAGUAUUCAUUACUACACGUGUGUCCACCGAUGGGUCCACCCGAUGUUUUGAAAAGGCACUCUUCGUUAACGAACGACGUGGGAUUUUUGUCAGUCGAUCCUAAAACUCUACGUCAUACGAAAUAUUCGAACAUAUAUGGAAUAGGAGAUUGUACGAGCACUCCGAAUUCCAAAACAAUGGCUGCGAUAGCGGCUCAAAGCAAAGUAUUAUAUAAAAAUAUUAACGACGAUUUAGCUGGUAAACCAAUGACCAUGGCUUACAACGGUUAUUCGUCGUGUCCUUUGGUUACUGGUUACAGGAAAUGUAUUCUGGCCGAAUUUGAUUAUAAUUUGCAACCAUUGGAAACAUUUCCAGUAAAUCAAGGACGAGAAUAUUUCUUUACGUUUCUACUCAAAGCAUACGGUUUCCCACUUCUUUACUGGCAUUUAAUGCUACGGGGCCACUGGGACGGACCAGAAUUCUUUCGUAAAUAUACGAAUAUGAUCAAAAAGAAAGAACCUUCUGUAAAAGUUUAAAAUUGAAACGCUUUCGAUCGCUUAGUCAUUUAGAAUAGAGAACUAAUAUAUUUAUUAAGGAAGUCUUAAUUGCAUACAAUAUUUCUACAUGUUAAUUUGUCGAUAAUAAGUAACUGUGAUGAAACAUUUUGUUCAAGGUUCAUUUUAUACGAUGACCAUUAUAGUAUAUAUUUCGACAAGAAUUGGAAAAAUCAUUGAAAAAAUGUAUGAGCACAUAAAUACGAAGAAAUAAAUAUAAUAUUAUGUUAACAA